AUGUUGAUCCUCACACGUCUACUUCUCUUGACGAAUAUCUUUUCAUUUCUUGUUGCCGCAUUGGGACCGUUGAUCCCCUUUGUCGACUGUGAUGACAAAUUUGUAGUCAGCGCGGCUUCGAUUUUGUCUACCUACUCGCCAGCUCUCGCGUAUUGCUCCAGGGUUAUCCCACUGCCCAUAUCCUUCAUCACCAGCACCGAGACGGUCACUCUCGAUGCCACAGUGACCACAACAAUCACAGUCGGUGAGGCAGCCCAGACAGUCACUGUCACUUCUGCUAUAACGACGGAAUCUGAAGGUCAGCAGGCUGUGAUCACGGCAAGUGGACAUCCUGGUCAUGGACACGGAGGUCGUCACGGGCACGGCGGCCACGGCACUCACCGUGGGUCUUCCACUCAUGGUGGCCGUCUGCCGGUGUACGGUGGUCAUCAAGGCUAUCAAGUGAACCCUCACUAUGGCCCAGGGGCGACACAUACACCGGUACCUGACACGGAAGCGGCAGCUGAACUGGCAUAUCUCCAAGCAUCGAGCACCGAGCUUCUAACCUCGGUGUGCUCUUGCAUUGAGGAUCCUGUGCGCUCUACUGUCACUACAACGGAUCUGGUGGCACCAACCUUUACAACCACCGUUUCCAUUGAUCCCAUUGAAACAGCGACAAUCACAGAGCUACAGACCGUUGCUGGCGCCGCUACGGUUACAUCCACCAUCAUCUCCACUGCGUUGUGCACGGCUGACGCCACUACCAAUCUUGUGUUAAACGGAGGUUUUGAUGAUGGCGAUGCACCGGAUUGGGACAUUGCCCCAUGGCACAUUGGUGCCAGUGACCGUGGAUUUGGAACGUCCUUCUUCUCAUCGGAUAAUAUUAUCGCGGUCAGCCAACCAAACUUUGCAGGUUUCCCCGCGGAUAAUUCGGGAACGUCCAUGCACUUGUACCAGACCCUGACUGGUAUACCCACUGGCGCCAUCUACACUGUCACGUUCUGGUACAGGCCAUCCUACUUGGGUCCCGUCAGCCGCGUCCCAGGUAUCGACGGAGCCUGCCACCUCGACGUUAGCUGGGGCGACUCUCAAAUUGCCUCGUUGCCUUUUAACACAGCCAACGGUAAUCAGGGAGUUUGGUUGCAGUACACCUUUGAUAAUAUUGUACAAUUGGAUAGCACUGCUGACUUGACGUUUUACUAUCAUUGUGAUGCGCAAUGGCUGGGAGACGGGUAUGCUACGUCUUUCUUGGAUAGUAUUGCCAUCUUCCCUUCGGAUGAGGUUCUGUGCCUUUGA